UUGAAAAAAAUUUUAAUCACUGAUAAUAUUCAUCAAUCAUGUGCUGAUAUAUUGUCAAAGUUGGAUGUAGAAAUUACCGUAAAAAAUAAGAUUAGCAAAGCAGAGCUCUUAAGCAUAAUUAAUGAAUUUGAUUGCCUCUUAGUUCGAUCUGCUACAAUCGUUGACGCCGAUAUUAUUAAUAUGGGGAAAAAUUUAAAGUUGAUUGGCCGCGCAGGAACAGGUACUGAUAAUAUUGAUGUAAAAGCAGCUACUUUACAUGGUGUUAUUGUCAUGAACACCCCCAAUGGUAAUACAUUUAGUGCUGCAGAACAUACAUGUGCCUUAAUUAUGUCAUUAUCAAGAAAUAUACCCAGCGCUGUCGAAUCAGUGAAAAAUGGCAAAUGGGAAAGGUCAAAAUUCAUGGGAAAUGAACUAAGCGGGAAAACGCUAGCUAUCAUUGGUUUGGGACGAAUAGGUAGGGAAGUUGGUACCAGGAUGGCUUCAUUCGGAAUGAAACUUAUAGGGCAUGAUCCUAUGAUUAGCAAAGAUUUCGCCAAGCAGCACGGUAUAGAUUGGUUAGAAUUGAAUGAAAUAUGGCCGCUGGCAGAUUACAUCACAUUGCAUACACCACUUAUACCACAGACAAAAGAUUUAUUGAACGCGGAAACAUUCAAAAAGUCUAAAAAGGGAGUAAAAAUAGUCAAUUGUGCCAGAGGUGGCAUAGUUAAUGAAGUGGAUUUAUUGAAUGCUCUGAAUGGCGGUAUAUGUGACGGUGCCGCUCUUGAUGUUUACAUGAAGGAACCACCUGAGAUUGGAGAUAAAUUGAUAGGCCACCCCUCGGUCAUAUGCACUCCUCAUUUGGGAGCAAAUACUGCCGAAGCUCAAAUGAGAGUUGCAAAGGAAAUGGCAGAAAAGAUAACCGCGUUAUGCCAAAAGAAGUCUGAUGGCACCGAUUCGACUAAUAUACAAAAUUUGGAUGGAAUUAUAAAUGCGCCCAAUUUGAUGUGGGAAUUCGGGACAGAUAGCAAGCCUUGGAUGAAAUUGGCUUUCGAUUUAGGCUACAUGAUCGGUACUAUAUUUGAACCUGUUAAGAAGUAUCAAUUGACCAACAAUAACGAGAAAUUUAGCAAUAAAUUGGAAAGCAUGAAAGCCGCUUUACUUGAUUCUUUCAUCACGGGUAUCAUGAAGAAUCACACCAAAAAUGGACUGAACUUAAUCAACGCUCCCCAUAUGUUCAAACAAUACCCAGGGUUUUCCGAUAUAGUUUCCAGUAUAUUGAUGGAAGCGCCGAAAGAUAUGCAGAUUCAUUACCCGACCAACGAGAACGCUCUGACAGCCUUGUGGAUCGAAAAAUCUCAAUCACUCGAUGAUCAUCCUUUUUCUAUGCAAGCGGAAGUCAUUAAUAACCAGGGAUAUUUGGUCAAUUUUUGUGGGAAGGAACUUGGACCCGACAUACUUAUAAACUUGUCGUCGACGAAGCUAGAUGACAGCAAUAUGUCAAAAAAGUCUUUUAAGGGUAUAUUGAUAUCUAGGUCUAUGCAUUUUAGAGCCGAUGACGCAUUUUUGAAAGAAAUUCUCUCAAAAUCGCAGAGUUGCGUCAUAUACGCGAUACACGGUAUCAACGACUCCGCGAAAUCAUUCGAUGGAAGUGGCGGUAUUGGUGACGCGAAAAAAUUGUGGAAGAUUAUGAAAUUAGAUAGACCGUUACAAGUGACGGCGGGGAUGGAAAAUCAAAACUCGAGUCGUAAUCUGCCAGACGGGGAAAUGCUAUACCAUUUUUGAACCAUCGAUAUUAUUUUAGGACCAUUUUUUUAUAAAACCUUUUUUUAAUACCAUUUUAUAUUUUUAUAAAUCAUGUCAUCUACUUAUAAAGAUAAGAAAUUAUUAAUAAUCAAAUAUUUUUUUUAAAAUAUACCUCUAUUUCAAAAUUAUUAUAAACCGGUUAAUAAUAUAUUUUGCAUUUAU